CUGUCAAAAUUCUAGGUCUUCCAAAAUGGGAAAGCAAACAUUUGUUAGUGAGGCUCAUGAAGAUGGACUACCAAUGGAACCACAAUUACCAGAGCUCAGCUUGCGUAAUUUUCGAAACAGCAACCGAAUGAAGCCUCUGGUGAAGUUCAGUCGUUUACCAAAACAAAAGGACAUUCUGGAAACGCUCAAGGACUUCUGGAGGGAAAAUAAGAACCCCGAUUUCCUAGUGCAGAUCGGAGAACACAAUUUUCCCUGCCAUCGUCUGAUACUAAUGGUCUACGUACUGCAAGUCAGACAGAAUAGGGAAAAAUUGGAGCUACGGUUACCAGAGGAUUCGGUUAAACCGGAGGUCUUCGAUCGACUUUAUCGCUGGAUGAAUGAUAGGGAACCUCUGCUGAAGCGUUCAAAAAUUCUUGAUCUGCUGACGGCGGCCUAUUACCUAAAGUUAGAUGAGUUGUCCAAUCAGGUUUGGCAUUGUUUGGAUCAGGACACGUUAUCCGGUGAACAUCAGGCUAUUCAGGUGGCCCAAGAUGCACUGCACGCCAAGGAUCUGCUCUUUUUGCACUACAUGAUGCUGCUGCGGAUUCAACACUUCUUCCUCACUUUUGUUUCCUCAGUUGAAUUCCUUGCUCUGCCCCUCAAAAGCCUGUGUUACCUGUUAUCCUCGGAUGAAAUAAUGGUUAACUCAGAGGCAGAGGUAUUCUAUGCCGCCAUCCGUUGGCUGAAUCACGAAUGGCCCACUCGUCAGAUUCAUAUGAUGGAGGUGAUGGAUAAGGUGCGACUCUCCAGGAUGCCCAAUAAACUACUUCUGAUGCUGGAGUCCCCGGUGGACGACAUACGCGUGGACCGCAUCAUUCAGUCGCCGGAGUUGAAGACACGCAUGGAGAAGGCCUGCUUGGACCAAGUGCUGGAGCAGUUCAACGACGGGAAGCGUGUGUACCGGCAGAUUUAUGAGAUCUUUAACGUGACUUUUCCGCAGCCGCGAGGAUUCAUCUGUCACGAUUUGGCAACCUACCACGAACCGAAACCCAAUUCACCCGUCCAGGUGUUCAGCUACGCCGACUUCCUCAACUACCUGGGCGUCCUGCAGACGCUGCCUCCGAACACUUUGCAGCUCCUCCGAAAUCAGCGCUGAUGGCCCAGAUGGCAUCGAACCCGCCAGGAUGCCUCCUUCCCCCCUCCCCCUCCUCCAUGCUCCUGCCCGACGACCUUGAUGAUGAUGAUGUGGCUGUGCAAAAUGACAGCGAUCGUGCUGCGUGGCAGUUACACCAAAUUUGCAUUACCCGUGCAGGUGUUUUCGUGGGGCGUUGUUUCUGCAUCCACUCCUCCACUGAACUUAGUGCCAGUCGCGUUUUAAAAGCGAGUUGAUUGAAAAGUUUCACCAGCCAAAGCAAUUGAAAGUGGUCUCCUAAAAAAUAUUUUACUUCUUUUUAUAUAGAUUUAAUAAAGUGUCAUGUUUGAAAUCUCUUGCU